AUGAAACAUUUGGAAACUGAUAAACUCGGAUGCAAGGAGGAUGGCACAGUUCUCGCUCUUUCGGUUUCUUCUCUUUAUUAUCAAACUCCGUACCAACCAAGUGCUGUUACUCGCGAUUCCAUUGUUCUGCUACUUUCAACGUUAAAGCACCCGGGCAUCGCGUCAAGGCCAGUUAUCGAAAUGUACACUAGGUACCAAGAUUCGUUCCUGUUUUAUCAGAAUCCUCAAUACAUGCAGAACAAUCCCCUGUUACUGUCGCCUCCUCCGCAUUACACUUCUCAUUUUCUGACGGAGGAGAGCAGGAUUUGUAACCCGUCACAGCCGUGUUUUAUGGCCAAACAAACUGGUCCGUAUACCCAACAAGAGACAUUCACCUCGAGCGGGGGCCCUCAACUGCCAUUAAACUACACAACAGACCCAAGAACGCUGCUGCCUACCUCCACGAGCAAGCUGAGCAUUCCUGACCCUCCCUCCAGCUCGGAUAUCAUACAUCAUCCACUUCCCGUGUACUUCCGUGUAAAGCCAGCUCUUCGCACCCCAAGCGGGAAGAGAUGUCGCAAAUCGCGCACAGUUUUCACGGAUCUUCAGUUGCGUGUCCUGGAGAAAACCUUUUCAGAGCAGAGGUAUUUAGAUUCGACAAAUCGCGCCAAAUUAUCGCAUAUCCUGGGCUUGAACGAAGCGCAGGUGAAGACCUGGUUCCAGAACAGAAGGAUGAAGUGGAAAAAGAAAGUAGCGAAAAAUGACAAGCCUGAUAGCUCGACUACGAGUAAAAAAGCAGAGAAAAGCGACUCAGCUGUUGGGAAAAACAACAAAGAAACAGCCACAAAUGAGAGGGAAAAGACUUCAAACUAAUUGAACAAUUCGAUACAUUGAACUGAAAGAGGAACAAAAGUCGUAACUUUACCGUUUGUAAGAUCAUUUAUUGUAACUAAUUAGCAAUCAGAAAACAGAUACUUGUGUAACUUAAGGCUUGAUAGUGUUAAUUUGACGGAAGUUUAUGGAGACGCUGGGGAAUUGGGAAAAGCAAAGUUACAUUUUAAAACCAGAUAAGAAAUUAUCAUUCAAACUAAUCGGCGAAAGAGGAGAAAAGAACAAUUUUCUUUAUCUCCGCUGGCGGGCUUUGUCUUUCAUCUUUAAAACGCAAACAAUUUAGACACUUUAUUCAGAUCAUGCUCGUCACAGUCAUGAAGGAAGGAAAGUUUUAAUAAAUUUUUAGCUUGACGUUGUAACGCAUUUAUCAGCUUUUUCUUGAUCAUGAUAAAUCGCUUUUUUUUCGUGUGCUAGUAAAUUUAGCUGUCGUUUGAACAUAACUGAUCUUGUAAGAGUGAGCCGCGCGGCAAGGAAAAUGUUUUAAAGUAUUUGUAAAUAUCAACUUUAGCAUUUCCUGAUCUAGUAAAAUACACAAAUCACGAUGUAAUUUACGGCUGUAAAAAGUCGGCAUGUAUCUGUUGAACAUACAAAAGAAAACCAUGGAAAACUCAGUAA